GUGGGAGGGGAGCAUCCGCCCACAAAAGCCACAGCAAUUUUAGUGUGCCUCAAAUGCAAUUGUGCAUCAAAAAAGUGAACAAUUGGAAUUUCGGGAAAUGUCGUGAGUGAAUUCCGCCGAAUAAUCUCAUACAAAUACUUCCGGGACAGAUAAAAAAGAGAGCGAAAUAGCCCAGGCAUGAUGGUUUGGCAUUCAUAGAUAUUUAAAUGGAAGUGGGUGGGCCCUCGCGCAGACGGAGAUCUCUGACAGACCUGCACAUAUAUCCGCGGAGGAAUAUUAUUUAAUUCCGGAUCUAACAGCACAGAUAGGCCCGGUUUCAACGCACACGGGACCGCCGCUGUUCAACCCGACCCGCUCGGACUCGCUUGGCAUUUUGUGCUCCGUUAUUGAAGGGUGUUUUUGCAUUGGCACCGCCCUUCCUGGCGGGGUGGGUCCGUGCGUCAGAGCUGCGCCACAGUCUGCGGCCGCUGGAGAAAAUAGGCCGUCCUUCUGCUGGGCUGUUGCCUGCCUUCUGCCUGCCUUCCACGGCGUCCGGCCUUUUUUCUCUUAAACAACUCCUCUCCGGGUUUUAUUAAUGCGGAAUGAGUGAUCAAAAGAAGGAAGCCAUGGCCACAGAUGGGGGGAAAGCCAGUGGAGGUGAAGGGGGUACGAAAGGGAAAAGUUCUGGAUCACAGGAUGCACAACCGUCUCCUCUCGCUUUACUCGCAGCGACGUGCAGUAAAAUAGGAGGUGUUGGCAGCGAGGGUCAGGCGGCCACACAACAGCAGAUAAUAAUCGACCCGAACCAGGGUCUGCUUCAACUCCAGAACCCCACGCAGCAGCUCGAGCUGGUUCCUGCACAGCUAACAGGAAACGGCUGGCAGAUCAUAGCCACUUCCCCUGCAACUGCAACCAAGGACAACGUUCAGCAGGCUGGUACUAACGUGGCCACCAAUGAAGGCGGCGCGGGGCGGAAGGUCAAGGCGGUCGGCUCGAAUAACUCACCUGCUGGACAGCAACAGCAACAGUUUCAAAUCAUCCAGGUGCAGAACUUGCCGAACUCAUCGGGCGGGAUUCAGUACCAGGUCAUCCCGCACCUUCAGACCGCAGAUGGACAGCAGAUCCAAAUAAGCCCCAGUAACCCCGCAGCUUUAAGUGUUCAGCAACAGAUCCAGCUCAUUCCCACCGGAAACAACCAAGCCAUUUUGGCUACGCCCCAAAGGACGGGAUCGACCAGCAUCGUCACUCAAAACCAGACGAUUCCGCUUCAAAUCAGGCCAUCGUUUCCUCUGCAACUGCAAACCAUUCAGGGUACGCAAACGCCUAUGGUGACCACGUUACCCAUAAACCUCGGCGGCGUGACUUUGGCUCUUCCGGUUAUCAAUAACGUAGCGGGAGGGGGAGGUUCAGUUCAACUGGUCCAAUCAGCUGACGGAAGUAUUUCCAAUGGAAACCAGCUGAUAACGACGACUGUCACUAGCACAGGAGAAUCCACCGGCGUUUCAACUUGCACGACGACUGCGACGGGCACCGAUUCCGUCGUCGUGACCUCUACGGAUGGCACGACGUUAUCUACAGCAUCCGUCGGAGCUGCUGAAAGCCAGAAGGACGGUCAGUCGGGCGAGACAGACGCACAGAACUUGGCUCAGUCCAACGGCCUCCAACCUGCAUCCGAUCAGGCUGGCCAAAUCCAGCAAUUCCAAAUUGUGGGCCAUCCGGUUCUCCAGCAGAUCCAGAUCCAGUCGCCCCAGCAGCAGAUGGUCCAGGGCUCCAUACAGAUCCAGCCCGGACAGACUUUACAACCGGUUCAGCAGAACCUCCAGCUUCAGGCCUUCCAGAACCCGACGCAGGUUCUGAUCCGGACGCCCACGCUCACCCCCUCAGGGCAGAUCAGCUGGCAGACCGUCCAGGUCCAGAAUGCAGGCAUGCCCCAGCAGCUGACGCUCGCCCCCGUGGCAUCGAACGCAAGUGGCGGGACCUUCACUCAGAUCGCCCCACUGACGCUCGGAGGGUCGCCCAUCACGCUCACCGCAGCCCAGCUGCCCUCUGGGACUGGAGUGCAGACAGUGAACAUUGCAGGUUUAGGGACGGCUGGAGUCCAGGUGCAGGGCGUCCCGCUCACCAUCACCGGUGUGCAAGGUCAGCAGCAGGGUCAAGAGGGGGUCAAAGUUCAGUCCACCCCAGUGACGGUCACUGUUGGCAACAUCAGCAGCACGACCCUGAACGCAGUAAGCCCAGACCAGAUGGGGCAGGUCCAAAGCCCGUCUGACCAGGAAGGUCAACCUAGCAAGAGGCUGCGCAGGGUGGCCUGUUCCUGCCCCAACUGCAGGGAUGGAGAGGGGAGAAACAACAGUGACCCCUCAAAGAAGAAACAGCACGUGUGUCAUAUGGAGGGUUGCGGGAAGGUUUACGGAAAAACGUCUCACCUGAGGGCUCACCUGCGCUGGCAUACGGGAGAGAGGCCGUUCGUCUGCAACUGGAUCUUCUGCGGGAAACGCUUCACCAGGAGCGACGAGCUACAGCGGCAUCGCAGGACGCAUACAGGUGAAAAGAGGUUUGAGUGUCCGGAAUGUUCCAAGAGGUUCAUGCGCAGCGACCACCUGUCAAAGCACAUCAAAACCCACCAGAACAAAAAAGGUGGGGCGGCACUUACCAUCAUCACCACAGAUGAAAUGGAGGAAGAGGUGGACGAGGUCCUGGGCUCGCCGAGGAUCGUCACCGUGGCGUCACUCUCGCAGGAUUCGAAUCCGGCCACGCCCACGACUUCAAACAAUUUAGAGGAGGAGUUUGAGUAGUUUUCCCUCCAAAUAUUAUCGGCUAAGAGCACCACGAUAUUGUUUGUUCUUCUGUUUAUAUGUUGAUUUGUUUAUGUUCUUCAUUCUUUUUCUAUUGACAAUGGACAGCUGUUUGAGCGUACUCGAUUUUUCAUAUGGAAAUUUAAUACUAUCAGAUAUUAUGACAAAGAAUAAUCUAAAGGAAAUAUGGAAAUAGUAUGAGCUGUUAAGAGACAUAACAUGCGCGUUGAAUGAAGGCGUUUGUUUUCUUUCGAGUAGCACAAGAAGUACUAAAGUUCCCAGAUGCUCCUGAAGAUGUCGCUAUGCACAAAAAAAAAAGAUAUUUAUCUGUUUUCAGAGUGGUUACGGAUUAAAUAUACAGUCGGGGAUGAGAAUCUUGGAGCUUCACGCAUUGGUCUGUGGUUUUGCUUACGAUCAGGCUUGAAAGAUGAGCAGCAAACAGAUCUUUAGUACACGUUUAGAGCCUCAGCACAAGCUAGAAGAGUGAUGUUGUCUGUGAUUGGAGCGCGUUGCGAAGCGUCAGCCAAUCACAGCCUCGCAUUUAGGAUUCAACCGUUAAAUCGGUAAUAUUCAGCGUUCGAUGAUUCAGCAUGUUUGGAUUAUCAGCAGUCAACCUUUUAUGUAGGAGAAAUGAGAUUAUAGAGACGGGCUAUUUAAAGAAAAGCACAUUAGAUUUACAAAUAAUGCAUUCCAGUUACGAUUUCUUUAGAAAUAAAAAAAAAUGAGAAGGGAAAAGAAAAAAAAAAGCUUUCUAAGACAGGCUAUGUUAAAUGAAGGCAAUACUAUAAAGACAAUCUUUGUAAAACCAUGUUUACAUUACCGAGGGGUAGAAUAGGUUGAAGAAAAACACCUAGAGAAGUUCUCUCCUAUCUCAAGUCAUAUAAACUGUACUCUGAUGCCUUAAAAACACUGCAGUACCACUACGUUACGGCUGGGUAGGGGGACGUGGGCCUUCGACUGUGUUUUCAAACAUAUUCAGUAGUGACCGCGUUAAUCUUUUUAUAUACGAUGGCGAACACUGUGGCCAGGGAACGAGCGCGAUGAUCCGCUUCAGCCCUCGUUCGCCCAGGUAAAGAUCCUCCCGAUUCGCGUUAAUGUGUCCUCCUGUCGCCCGACGACUUUAGUGCGCUCUCCAAAGAGAUUCAGCCCUGUUAUGUGCACCAAACCCUCCCUCUGGACCGGUACCGGACGUCUCCAGGUCACCCUGAAGCCACUUAGAUGAGUUUGAUGUUCAAAAGUCUGUGGUGUGGCGUUCUUCUUCGUGAGUUUAUGUUCUCCCGCGCUCGUUUAGUUCGGUUUGAUUUAAUUUCAAACCCAUUUUUGGUUCUCACACAGCACGAGUACAUGCCGCCUGUGUGUGUGUGAGUGUGUCUAAUUUAUUAUUUAUCCUUCUAUUAGUAUUUGCUAAUGUGUAUUGUGCGCUGUUAAUGCAGUUAUGACGUGCUGCAUGGUUCAUUUCCGCUAACGAUCUCUAUUUAGUAACGAUUUGCUAUUUCUAAACGUGGUCCUUUUAGAAGUAAAACCAUGGCUUUUAAUUUAUCUGACGUUUCGCACCAUGACCGUGUUUCAAAUGGAAAAAAAAAAAAAGUUUAAAAAGAAAUGGUUGAUACCAAACAAUUAUAAAUAGAUGUUUUUUGGUAAUAUUUUCUGUGGCGAGCGAUUUUCUUUAAUCUUUUCUAGUGACACCUCAUUUGUAAAUCAUUUUUCUAAGAUGUUCCUUUGUCCUCAUGGCAUUUGAUAAUGAAUUUUUUUGCCAGGUUAGCCUGAAAGGCUGCAGUUUAUUGAUAUUUUUAAAAUAACUUUGUACAAACGUGUUAUGUUAAUGGGUAAGAAAACAAAAAGAGGAAAAAGAAAAAAAUCUUUGCCUGCAUAACACUUGAAAUUAAAGUGAGUAAUUCUGUCUUAAAUA